AUAACUUCCGUAUAAAGCGUAGUAAAUUGCAUGUUUGGGAUGAAAGUGAACUUGAAAUAUUCCUUUAACUUCGUGGUUUUUAUAGGCGGUUUCGGAUUAUUUCUUUGCUUAAUUCUCACACAGAAUUGGCUGAAAGUGACGAUGUGGACAAGUUCUAGCGCCACGGUGACUACAUCAGUUCAUUCAAGGAGAAAUUAUAUCGAAACACACACAAUGAAAAAACGUAGCACAUGGAUUGAUGACUUUCAACAUGUGACUAGCGAAGAAACAAUGCUUGUAUAUUCAGCUUACGCGGAUGGGCAGACGAAAGUUCGAAUAAUUGGUAUUACAAACGAUAUGAAAGCUGAUUUACUCUGUAUACUAUGGUAUAAUUCUUUUGACAUAACAACGAAGCUGGUGAAAGCGUAUGUAGCAGAUAUCAACGAAAGUCAUGGAAAAAGUCAUACGGCUGCCUACUUUGUCUGUUACCUGUGUGACUUAGAUAUGCCAGAUGCUGUUUCUAUUGUGACGUUUUCUACCAUUCAUAAUCCGCUGAACAUUUUACCCGUGCACGUGAAUCCCCAAUUAAAGACACAGAAACACUUCACAAUGUGCCUGUCGCCAAUGCAUUCAUCAUUCAGUGACAGUUCGCAGCUGCUAGAAUGGAUUGAACUUCAUAAGAUCCUAGGUGUUGAAAGGUUUCUGAUAUACGUCCAAAGUGUAUCCAAUGACGUGAAACAAGUAUUAAAAUUCUAUGAGAAAGAGAAUAACGCAAUGGUAGCAACGUUGCCAUGGUCUUUAUCUAAUGACCUUUGCAAAAAUGUUAUACUGCAUUACUGUGGGCAACUUGCUGCUCUAAAUGACUGCCUGUACCGCAGCAAAGGUUACAGCUAUUACAUUGCUGCCACGGAUCUUGAUGAGGUCAUUAUUCCGCAACACAAAGAUGAUUUCACGUGGCUUGAUAUGUUACUUAAUCUUCCGGACCAUAGUGUUUAUCUGUUCAGAAACUCGUUUGCAAUUAGAAAUCUAAAGAAUAGUGCAGGUAUUAAAGAAAACACACCUUUAAUGACUGAAUAUUUAAUGAGGGAUGACUUUAUAUACGAACCACGUGUGCGCUCAAAGACGAUCUCGUGGACUGAUGACGUUGUUACGUUAGGUAUACACAAUGUUUGGGCGAUGCGGUCAGGGGACGAGUAUGGAGUGGAUCCAAGUGUUGGACUGCUACAUCAUUACCGGAAGUCACCCGUGGCGUACCCAGAAGGUGUGCAUGUUUCCAGACUAAAAAGUAAUGUUACAGUAAAAUAUUCCCGGGAGCUUAGAGAACGAGUAUCUUUGGUUCGAGAAAAAAUGGAAACCAGUUCGCCUAAACACCGAUCUUCAUGACUUUAUAUUGCAUUGUUUUCUUCUAGUCAAAAGGAAAUUUGUUCAACGAACAGUUACGUUACGAAUACAUUUGCCUUGCUUGUCAUCUGUUUAAAAUAUGACUCGGUGAAAGUUAAAUGAAAAUAUUCAAAAUGUCUUUUUCAGCUUUCCAGUAUAAAUUAUGUUCGUUUUACAUGUAAGAGUGAAAUAUAUUUCACUUGUGAGCACCAUGAUUUACAUUUUCACUGGCAGUGGCCCGUAAAAAUAUUGCAUAUGGUGUUCAGUCGGUGAAAUAAACUUUCAUCUUACAUCGCAACAAACAAAUAUCCACUAUACACACUAAUCAAACCUUGUAUCUGUCUUUGAUGCAAGAAGCAGUACAUCUUUUUUAUAUAUAUAUUUCUCAC